AUGCGCUUCUCAGUCAUCAACAUGCUGGCGCUCGCGGGAGCGGCUGCGGGUUUCUACGUGCCAGCGGGCCAGGCGAGCGGCGUGUACGCCGUCAGCUACAACGAGGACGGCAGCGAGAACCACACGCGCCUGGGCGACGUCGACACGGCGAAAAAGGUCUUCGCCGUGCGCGGCGAGACACUGGCCAAGCGCACGGGGGCCGUGACGUGCGACCCGACCGAGGCCGUGCUCAACGGGAACGACAACGGCGCCGCGGCCACGGCGCUGGCCAACCAGUGCGGCGCCGGCGCGGCCGUCGGCGCCCGCCUCAACUACUACUCCAUCGUCGGCUGCUCUGUCGCCUACUUCUGCAACAUGAAGUCGCACCCCCAGGUGUGCACGUCCGGCAACGCCUGGGCCUCCUUCCACGACGUCAACGACCGCUGCGGCGCCAACGUCCCGGGCUGGGAGGUCUACUAUGACUCGGACGGCGACGACCGCUACGGCUACCAGUGGGUGUGCACAUACCCCGGCAGCCACUUUUGCAACGAGAACCGGCAAGCACAAGCCAUUCCCAGCACCGGUUUUGGCGAGACUAAGAUAUGUUUUCUGACACGUCCAAAUAGCUGAAUGUAGCCCGCCAACGCUUCCGCCGUUUACCUCCUGUUGGGUUUGGCUGGGCUCUCUACUUCUGCCUCGUGGAAGCGAGGCGUCCGCCGCCGGGCAUUUCGAGUUCUCGUUUUUAUUUCUGUGACUGUUGGCUCUUGUUGAAAAUCUUUGCAUGAUUACGUGCUUAACAUAGUCUCACGCGCAUUCACAGGGCAACGAAAAUUGGGGCAUUUGAUGCAGGGAGCAGCGAUGCCAAUAAGCAACUUAAAUAAAGCAAAGAAAAUAAAGCAACUGGUAAAUAAAG